GCAGCUGACAUAAAGGCGAGGCGUAGAAGAAGAAGGCGGUAGACGACAUGGCUGAUGAAACAGCAAAAGCUCAAGUGGCUAAACCCGGCGGAGACACGAUUUUCGGAAAAAUUAUACGCAAAGAGAUUCCGACAGAACUCAUCUAUGAGGAUGAUCAGUGUGUAGCCUUCAAUGACAUUAGUCCUCAGGCUCCAACUCACUUUCUGGUGGUCCCCAAAAAGCCCAUUGUUCAGCUGGCGACAGCAGAUGACUCUGACGCUGCCCUGUUGGGCCAUUUGAUGAUUGUUGCAAAGAAGUGUGCAGAGAAGGUGGGCCUGUCGAAGGGCUUCAGGAUCGUCAUCAACGAUGGUGCGGACGGAGGUCAGUCAGUCUAUCAUCUCCAUGUCCAUGUUCUAGGAGGGCGCCAGUUGCGUUGGCCCCCCGGUUAAUCAGCUUCUCCCAUCAAAGCCGCCAGCCUUCUCACUCAUCAUCGUCCAGCCAGUAUUGAUUUACUUGUGACUUUUGCAGCUGUCAGUCUGUCAUGUGAAACAAGAGUCAGACAAAAACUGUAAGUUUGUCGUGGAAAUAAAAUGCACCUCAGAGCA